AUGCUCUUCAGUCUAGAGUUUCCUUUCUGACUCUGCAUUUAGACAGUCAGAUUCAGAUUUCCAUUUCACUUUUUGUCAACAAUGUAGACAUAAAAUUUCUUGCAACAUCAUCAAACAUUUGAUCUCGGCUUUUUUCAAGGAGAGGACAGAGUGAAGCACAAACAUUGGAUGAUCAUUAACCAGCUUCAAAAAUGGGCUUGACCUCCGGGAACGUCUCUGAAUGCCUAAACUGUACCCAGACUGUGGAUCCAGUGAAUGUUUCUAAGGCCAUAUUACUGGGGGUCAUCUUGGGGGGGCUGAUCAUUUUUGGGGUCCUGGGCAACAUUCUGGUUAUACUUUCAGUCGCCUGCCACAAACAUCUACAGAGUGUAACUCAUUAUUGCAUUAUAAACUUGGCUGUGGCCGAUCUCCUCUUGACUUCUAUUGUCCUCCCUUUCUCUGCCAUUUUUGAGAUAUUGGGCUACUGGGUUUUUGGGAGAAUUUUCUGCAACAUCUGGGCAGCUGUGGAUGUUCUGUGUUGUACAGCUUCUAUCAUGAGUCUCUGUGUCAUCUCUAUAGACCGAUACAUUGGGGUGAGCUACCCACUCAGAUAUCCAACCAUAGUGACUGAAAAGAGGGGUCUCCUAGCCCUGUUGUGUGUCUGGGCGCUCUCUCUUGUGAUCUCCAUAGGACCCCUCUUCGGCUGGAAGCAACCAGCUCCAGACGAUGAAACAAUAUGUCUGAUCAACACUGAUCCUGGUUAUGUGUUGUUCUCCGCUCUCGGCUCGUUCUACCUCCCCUUGAUCAUCAUAUUGGUGAUGUACUGCCGAGUGUACGUGGUGGCCAAAAGGGAAAGCAAAGGACUCUCUCGUGGCCUGAAAACUGAGAAGUCCCAUUCGGAAGAAGUGACCCUCCGCAUCCAUCGCAAAAACACUGCAGACCCCAGCAGAUCUUCACCCAGCGCAAAGCACAAAUCCAAUUUCUCCGUGAGGCUCUUGAAGUUCUCCAGAGAGAAAAAAGCAGCCAAGAGUCUGGGGAUAGUUGUGGGAUGCUUCAUACUCUGCUGGCUUCCUUUCUUUUUAAUCAUGCCCAUUGGUUCCUUUUUCCCUGCUAACAAGCCCUCGGACACAGUUUUUAAAAUCGCAUUCUGGCUUGGGUACCUAAACAGCUGCAUCAACCCCAUCAUCUAUCCAUGUUCAAGCCAAGAGUUCAAAAAGGCAUUCCAAAACGUUCUGAGAGCCCAAUGUCUCCAGCGCAGACACUCUGCGAACAAGUACUCUCUCAGCUUCAACCUCAACCAUCCAAGCGGCCACGUGGCACAACCUCCAAAGGACAUCGUCCGCAUUCCUGUCGGGUCCGGAGAAACCUUCUACAAGAUUUCCAAAUCGGAUGGCAUCUGUGAGUGGAGGCUUUUUUCAGCCAUGCAAAGCAUGCCGACCAAAGGCGCUACCUCUAAAGACAAGUCCAGUUGUGCUACGGCCAAAGUGAAGAGCAAAGGCUUCUUGCGGGUGUGCUGUUGUGCAGGCGCAUCAGGAACCACCCCCCAGGAAGACCGGAAAGUGCCCCCCAUUAAAAUACACACCAUCUCCAUUAGCGAUAACGGGGAAGAUGUCUAA